AUGGAGAAGCUGGGUUCCCCAGAACCUGCACCACCCUCACUGGGUCCAGAGCCCGUCGCUGGGCUUUCUGCUGCCAAGGCAGCAGAGGCUGAGGGAGAGGAGGCUGUGGCAGCAGUCAGUUCCAAACUGUCUCAGUGUGCAUGGUUGAGAAGGUGGCUACCACUGGCCUACAGAUUGGAACUCUACCAAGUCUUAAAGCUCUCGGGCCCACUGCUGCUGUCUCGGAUACUCAGUUUCCUCCUGUCGUUUGUCAUCACCAUAUUCUGUGGUCACAUUGGCAAUGCAGAACUGGCAGGAUUUGCACUGGCUUCAGCGACCAUUAAUGUGACCACCACUUCAACAGGCUAUGGCCUUGCCGUGGCUUGUGACACGCUGAUUUCUCAGACAUUUGGAGGCAAGAACAUGAAACGUGUGGGAGUAAUCCUACAGAGGAGUUCACUCAUCCUGUUGCUGUUUUGUUUGCCUUGCUGGGCUCUUCUCAUCAAUUCUCACAACUUACUACUCAUCAUGCACCAAGAGGCGGAAGUGGUGAGAAUUGCCCAGCUCUACGUGAUGGCCUUUCUACCAGCUGUUCCAGCCAUGUUACUGUAUCACCUGCAGGUUGCCUACCUACAAAACCAAGGGAUUAUUUUUCCUCAGAUGUACACCGCAGCAGUGGCAAACAUUUUAAACUUAGGGUUCAAUUACGUCUUAAUCUUCAGCCUCCAGUUGGGCGUCAUAGGAUCAGCGAUCGCCAACAGCCUCUCUCAAAUCUCCCUCUGCCUGCUGUUGUUUGGCUACAUCAGAUGGAAGAAGCUCCAUCUGCAGACGUGGGGAGGCUGGUCCACUGACUGUUUGCAGGAGUGGGGUUCCUACAUGAAGCUGGCUAUUCCCAGUGUGUUUAUGAUCUGCUUUGAAUGGUGGAUCUGGGAGAUUGGUUCUUUCUUUUCAGGUGUACUUGGUGAGAUGGAUCUUGCUGCCCAGCAUAUUAUGGAUGAAAUAGGAAGCAUAAUAUAUAUGUUCCCCAUGGGUCUUCACGCAGCUGCAUGUGUGCGAGUUGGCAAUGCUCUGGGGGCUGGAGACACCGCCAGCGCUAUAGUCACCUGCAAAGUGACCCUGGUUCUAUCAGGACUGCUUGCCGUGCUCCAGGGUAUCUUCAUUGCUGGCUGUAAGCCCUUCAUUGCCUACAUAUUUACCUCUGACGACAACAUUGUGGCGAUUGUCUCAGAGAGCCUCACGGUCUACAUAUUUCUACAGUUCUUUGAUGCACUCCUGUGCGUCUGCUCAGGGAUUCUUGUUGGAUCUGGGAUGCAAAAAAUCGCUGCCUUGUCCAACCUGGUGGGUUACUACUGCAUCGGCCUGCCAGUGGGAGUAGCUCUGAUGUUUGCUGCCCAGCUCAGAAUAUUAGGCCUGUGGCUGGGUCUCCUAUUAUGUGUUCUCUUUCAGACGGGUUUCUUUCUCACUCUCAUCUUCAAACUAAACUGGAAGAAAGUCACACAAAAGGCUCAAAAGCGAGCUGGAAAGAAAGUGGUGGUGAAACCAAAACAGCCGGUGGGUACAGUGCUGAGUGAAGCUGUGGUGCCUGACGUGUCUGACAGCAUUAACAAAGCCCAGUCGAACGGUGAAGUCGGCUCAGAUGGCUACAGUCCAGUUAACACCCAGGAUCAGGAGCUAAAAGCAGGUCAUGAGGCCGAGGGCAACAACACUGACGCGGGGGGCACUGAUGGGGACGCUGAGAAGAGCAAACACACUUCAAACACCAAAACUCAAGAGCUACUUUCUUUCACUCAGCUGAUCUUGCGUCGGGGACUCGUAUUUUUGGUUUCAGGUCUUACUCUGGUUAUAGGUAUUGUUUUUCACAUCGUGUUCCCUGGACCAGAGCCCCCCGCUCAGAGCAUGUCCAACUUCACCCUGAACUGGGUCAAUGUCUCCACUCCUACACCGUGGGCUCCUCUGGACCUGACCCCGACCCUCUGAGCCGACUUUCACCUCUGAAUGUAGCAGAUCUGACAAACCGAAAAUACACAACUAGAAAGAAAAAGGGUUGAAUUUUUCCCAAAAUGAUAACUCAGGUUGUCAUUUUGGGAAACUUCAGCUCCACAGGGGCUGCAGAACUCUUUUACGCACAGAGAAAAAGAUGUGUCAGUUCUGCACUGCUGAGAAAUACCACAGAAGUAGCCGAGGAAAUAUCAAGAGAGACUGCGACUGACAGUUUGAACAAAGGUCUUGUUACAGAGAUCAUGUUUUAACUUGCUCAGCCUGAGAUGCUCAACCGGGACAAGAGGACACAUCAGUUAUAAACCUGUCACUAAGAGACCAUGUGGGAAUUGAGGAACACAUUUUUUUCCACUGACACUAUUCUUGUCUCGAUUCAAAUAUUGCACUGUGACAUAUACUCUCUUAAAUCAUUUUCUUGUGUUUUAACUUUUGAUAGAUUUUAAAUAUCCAAUGUACCAUUUACAUACUCUCUAUGCUCCUUUUCUUUUGUCAAUGUUAUAUCUUUAGAACACAGGUGUUUGAUAAAUAAUAAGAUAGUUCUUUUUACUGUAUAUUUUGGGCCAAUGAUGUAAUGCACUUUGAUCACAAGCUAAUCAAUAAAACUUAUUUUAAAAG